AACGCGACGCUUCCCACAGUAUACAGACAGGAGACACGAUGUUCUGGUUCUGUCUUUUCUUCCCACUUGUAGCGGUAGCUACGGCAAGCAUCGUUCCGCAAUCCCACCAAUGCGGUAACCAGUCGUUUUUCACGGCCGACAACGGAAUCAUUCGAAGUCACUCAGGUUACGACGUCGGACAUGAUUACGGCAAAAACUUGGACUGCGUGUGGACAAUAGAGGCCCCAGAAGGAAAAUUUGUAGAACUGGUGGCUAACACAUUUCACUUGGAAGGAAGCGGUGUCCGUUGCUUGUACGACUAUCUCGAACUGUUCGAUGGCGACAGCACGAACGACAAUAGCAUUGGCAAAUUCUGUGGUAGUGCUUUCGCCCCUAUAUCUUCGACUCAGCGAUUCCUCACCCUAAACUUCGUUACCGAUGAGAGCAAUGCCUUUCGGGGUUUCGAGCUCUUCUAUAACUUCACAGAUCACGUGAUUCGAACGUGUCAGUUCACCUGCAACAACACCAGGUGCGUACCGGAAAGCUACCGAUGUGACGGCCAGGAUGACUGCGGCGACGACAGCGACGAAAAGAACUGCCAGUCUGGUACAUUUCCCACUCAAGAAUUCGGCACAUUUCAAUGCGCGAAUGGCAAGUACAUAUCGGGCCGCUGGCAGUGUGAUGGUGACAACGACUGCGGGGACAAGUCCGACGAGAUCGGAUGUGGUGGGUCUUUACAUGAUCCCAACUGUGGACAAACCAUGUUUACCGGAAACACGGGCACCAUCUGCAGCCCCAACUUCCCCCAUACUUACCCAAGAGGCAUUGACUGCACAUAUCAUGUGACUGCACCUAAAGGAACACAUAGGAUUUUGUUUACGUUUGACCGGUUCGACCUAGAGAAUUUCAAUUGGGGCACCUGUUUAUACGACUUCGUCACCGUCUCUGGAGCGAACGGUGGAAAUAUGCACGGUCCAUGGUGUGGCCCGACAGCACCAAACCCAUUUUCGAUCCAAGGCAAAGUGGCAGAUGUCCGGUUAUGGACGGAUAAUGGAACCGAAAAGACAGGAUUCAUGUUGACAUGGUCGGCUAUAGCUGGUUGACUCACAUGACGAUGGCAAUAUCUUCGGAAGCAAAAUUGCCUGAACCAUGGACUUGGCAUUCGUUUUCUUUUUAUAAUUUGGCAGUCUCCGAAAAACUUAAUUUAGUGUCAACAAAAAAAAGAAACAUAAAGUGAUAUCGUCUU